AGAUCUUAGGAUGUCGAACGAUGAAGAGAAAGGAGAACUAACAGAGACUGACAAAAAAUGCACAUCAAAAUUUCUGAAAGAAAAAGACCACAUCAUUGAUCCAAAUUCGAACGAGUUUGUCCCUCCUGAUGGUGGAUGGGGUUGGGUUGUAUGUUUCACAGUCUUCCUAACUAAUGGAACAUUUUGUGGAAUACUUAACACUUUUGGAAUUGAAUAUGUUUACUUGAUCGAGCAAUAUGCGAAGGGAGACCCAGCAAUUUCCUUUAAAACAUCAUGGGUAGGAUCAGUCUGCAUGGGUGUAACAUUCAUUAUGUGCAUUUUUGCCGGUAUAUGCAAUGAUCGUAUUGGUAUCAGACCGACUGCAUGUUUUGGUGCAAUUUUAGGAGCAGCUGGACUUUUUAGUAGCGCUUUUAUCACACAAUUAGAACUUCUGUAUCUAACAUACGGUGUUUUGCUCGGAAUUGGUGGGGGGUUCAUCUUUUCUACCUCCUUAGUUAUACUCGGUCAUUAUUUUAAAAGGCAUAUUGGAUUGGCAAACGGAAUUGUUGCGUUUGGAAGUUCGAGCUAUACCAUAGCAUUAUCUGUUGUUCUUCCAAUUGUUCUGGAAUCGUUUGGAAUCAAGUAUACCUUUCUUAUUCUAGGAGGAUUGUAUUGCAUGCUUAUAUUCGGUAGCUUGACGUGGAAACCAUUGAUUCAUAGAGAUAAAGGCAUCAACGAACAACUUUUGUCCUCAGACAAGAGUGUGAUGACCCGUGAGGGUUGUUGCUCAAGGACAAAUGAAUACUUAAACUUGAAGAUUUUUAAUAAUCAGGCAUAUCGUAUUUGGUUUCUUGGAUUUGUCACAGCAUUAUUUGGGUACUUUGUACCAUUUACACAUUUAGUAAAACAUACUCAGGAUAUCUUUCCCAGAGAAAAUGCCUUCAUUCUCAUAACUUGCAUCCAAGUCACUUCCGGUGUGGGAAGGUUAGUCUUUGGAAAAAUAGCGGAUCUGGAAUGUGUGAACAGAGUCUACAUGCAACAGUGUGCUUUCGUUGCGAUGGGCAUAGUAACAGCAUGUAUUCCAUUCUCAGACAGCUUUGAAGGACUAAUAGCAAUAUGUCUCGUUUUAGGAUUAACUGAUGGUAUUGUGAUUUUUCUGAUAGGUCCCAUUGCCUUUGAUAUUGUGGGUCGUAAGGAUGCAUCACAAGCUAUCGGUUUCCUGCUUGGUGGGUUUUCUGUUCCAUUUUCGGUUGGACCUCCGAUUGCAGGUUUCAUUUACGACCAUCUUAACACCUACGAAAUAGCGUUUGUUGCUGCUGGUCUUCCACCCAUUUUAGGAGCCAUAAUAAUGUGCUUCAUACCGAGAUUACAGAAAAAUAAAAAGGUCUCAACAGAUCAAGAUCUCGAAGGUGAAACUGUCUUAAUGUUAGAUGAUUAUCCUCUACAAAAGAGUGGGUCAGAACUCCCAUCCCCUACAGAGCACGAGGAAAAAAGCCCUCUCAACUUACAGAAUGAAAUAAAAAAUAGAGAAAAAUGCACCAGAAACUGUACUGAUAAUGAAGAUAACACACUGGAAAAAGAUUCAAAAUCACUUUUAGAUUAAAAUUGGCACUGACCAAUUAAAAGUUUAAUGGUUGUUGUAUAGAGCAUAUAACUCUUGGUUAAUUUCAUUCUUCUCCAUUGCAAUUGUUGAAUUAAGAGUAAGUUUUGUUGCGAAUCGUUCAGGUAUGUGAAUAUACUCCAUACAUUCGGCGUCUCGACGCCACCAAGCACAAUAAAAAUGUCGACUUGGUAUAUCCCAGUGAACUUGAAAUGAAAGACACUACAGAGUAUGCAACAUCUGUUUCAUAUUUUGAUGUUUUACUGACUACAGACGGAAGGGCCAACUAACAACUAAAUUGUAUGACAAAUGAGAUGACUUCAGUUUUUCCAUCUUCAAUUUUCCCUAUUUAUGUACAUGUAGUAAUAAUCCGCUAUCACCUACUUAUGGGGUUUACCUCUCCGAAUUUAUUCGAUACUCAAGUGCCUGCUCUGAGUACGAUCAAUUUUUUUCCGAGGCAAUCUACAGACAGCUAAGUUGAUGUUACAGGGAUUUCAACAACCUUAAUUAAAGUCAGCAAUUUUAAUUCUAUGGUCGUUAUAAUGACCUUGUUAACAAAUAUAACCUAUCAUUGGAUCGUAUUUCGGCCGACAUGUUUAAUACACAUUGUUAAGCCUUUUUUAUACUAAAUUGGACUACCAAAUGUUCCGUCUCCCAGAUCAAUGCAUAGGGCUCGCAGCGAGUGUGAAUGGUCAACAGGGUAUCGAUAUACCCCCAUGUAUAAAAUUAAUCCCCUGUUGUGGCCCGACUCUAACGCCCGAAUUCAUGAUUGCUGUACUUUUUGAUAUUGAUAAUGUAAAAUUACAUAUAUUCGUAGGGUGGGAUUUUCGUGGUUUGAUGAAAAACAUGGGUUCGUAGGGAUUUCAUUUCGUGGAUGAAGAAUUGUUGAGUAGUUAUGUAUAUGAUAUUUUUCAUUUGUGGUGGACAUGAAGUUGUGGGUCUCUUCAUACCUCGAAAACAAUUAUUGAAAAAUUAAACUUCCACGAAAAUUAGUGAUU